AGCGAAUCGAAAAGAAAAUCGAAACUUUCUUCAAUGAUCACCCAAGAAUCCAAGGCUAUGGCGAGGCGCGAAUGCAAGGCAAUGGUCAGGCACGAAUGCAAGGCAAUGGUCAGUCGCGAUUGCAAGGCAAUGUUCAGUCGCGAAUGCAACCCAUUGGUCAGUUCGGAAUGCAAGGCAAUGGUCAUUCGCGCAUGCAAUAUCAAAGUCGUCAAAUUCACCACCGGGAACCGGAACAUUACGUGGAAGAUUUUGACGAUUUCGAGGAAUUGGAUGAAAAUUUUCCAGUAAUUAUUCGAGCAAACGUUGACGAUCUUGAAUUCAGCAUCAGACGAGAUUUGGAAUUCAAAUAUCGUAUGCUUACUCGGUUGAAUGAUCUUGGAGGAAACAAAUAUAAAAAAUCAAUUCGAUUGAAGAUGAAAUAUUUGUUCACUGAUCGAGUCUUGGAAAAAUAUUCAUGGCGCGGAACGUCAGAGAAAAGACCUUUCAAAAAAUUGAAGUCAUUGAACAAUUUAAUUCUACGUAGCGUUCGCGACCGGUUCCCGAACACCGCACGCGACGAAUACAACGACUAUAUGAUCCAAUGGUUGAAGCAUGCCAGAUCUCGCCAACGAAAGGUUACCUACACUUAUCCCACCCGGGGAAGUUUGAAUCGAACUGGCAGUUCUGAUGAUGACAGUGAAGAUGAAAAUAUGAGUUGA